GCUCCCGCUGGUGUUCGGAACGCUGAGAGCCGGGCCGGGCGGGCGCGCGCGCGCGCGAGCUGUGCAGACGGGGCGCGCCUCGGACGCGGGCGGCUCGAGGGGUCCGGCAGGGCGGCGUCGGGAACCGGAGCGUCCGGCUGACGAGCAGGCGCCGCUAUGGCCGAGGGCAGCGCCGUGUCCGACCCUCAGCAUGCCGCGCGCCUGCUGCGAGCGCUCAGCUCUUUCCGCGAGGAGUCCCGCUUCUGCGACGCGCACCUGGUCCUCGACGGGGAGGAGAUCCCAGUGCAGAAAAACAUCCUGGCGGCGGCCAGCCCGUACAUCAGGACAAAGUUAUACUAUAAUCCUCCAAAAGAUGAUGGAUCAACCUAUAAGAUUGAACUUGAAGGGAUAUCGGUAAUGGUUAUGAGAGAGAUCCUGGAUUACAUCUUCAGUGGGCAGAUCCGGCUAAACGAAGAUACAAUCCAAGAUGUUGUACAGGCAGCAGACCUGCUGCUGCUGACGGACCUUAAGACUCUGUGCUGUGAGUUUCUAGAAGGCUGUAUCGCUGCUGAGAACUGCAUCGGGAUCCGAGACUUUGCCCUGCAUUACUGCCUGCACCACGUCCAUUACCUCGCCACGGAGUACCUGGAGACUCAUUUCCGAGACGUCAGCAGCACAGAAGAGUUCCUAGAACUGAGUCCACAAAAGCUUAAAGAAGUGAUUUCUCUUGAGAAGUUAAAUGUUGGCAAUGAAAGAUACGUCUUUGAAGCAGUCAUUCGAUGGAUAGCACAUGACACAGAAAUAAGAAAGGCCCACAUGAAGGACGUUAUGUCCGCACUCUGGGUUUCAGGGUUAGACUCCAGCUACUUACGGGAACAGAUGCUGAACGAACCCUUAGUACGAGAGAUCGUCAAGGAGUGCAGCAACAUUCCGCUCAGCCAGCCACAGCAAGGGGAGGCAAUGCUGGCAAACUUCAAACCGCGGGGUUACUCCGAGUGCAUCGUGACUGUGGGUGGAGAGGAAAGAGUCUCACGGAAACCGACAGCAGCGAUGCGAUGUAUGUGCCCUCUUUAUGACCCUAAUAGGCAGCUUUGGAUUGAACUGGCCCCUUUAAGCAUGCCAAGAAUUAACCACGGAGUGCUCUCAGCAGAAGGAUUUUUGUUUGUAUUUGGGGGCCAAGAUGAAAAUAAGCAGACCCUGAGCUCAGGAGAGAAGUAUGACCCAGAUGCAAAUACGUGGACUGCAUUGCCACCUAUGAACGAGGCAAGGCAUAACUUUGGAAUUGUGGAGAUAGACGGGAUGCUGUACAUUUUAGGAGGAGAGGAUGGUGAAAAAGAACUCAUUUCCAUGGAGUGUUAUGAUAUCUAUUCUAAAACCUGGACAAAGCAACCUGAUUUGACCAUGGUUAGAAAGAUCGGCUGCUAUGCAGCUAUGAAAAAGAAAAUCUACGCCAUGGGCGGAGGAUCAUAUGGAAAACUUUUUGAAUCUGUGGAAUGUUAUGACCCGAGGACCCAGCAGUGGACUGCUAUCUGCCCCCUGAAGGAGAGAAGGUUUGGCGCUGUCGCCUGCGGAGUCGCCAUGGAGCUCUACGUGUUUGGGGGAGUGCGAAGUCGCGAGGACAUCCAGGGCGGUGAGAUGGUGACCUGCAAGUCAGAAUUCUACCAUGAUGAGUUUAAAAGGUGGAUCUAUCUUAAUGACCAGAAUUUAUGCAUCCCUGCCAGUUCUUCUUUUGUGUAUGGAGCUGUACCCAUAGGAGCCAGUAUUUACGUAAUCGGAGAUCUUGAUACAGGUACCAAUUACGACUACGUGCGUGAGUUUAAGAGAAGCACGGGAACCUGGCACCACACUAAACCACUCCUCCCCUCCGACCUUCGCCGCACCGGAUGUGCAGCCUUACGUAUUGCAAAUUGCAAGCUUUUCCGCCUGCAGCUUCAGCAAGGCCUGUUCCGUAUCCGUGUUCAUUCACCUUGAAGAGGAGGCGGAGCGGAAGCAGAGCUCCUGACCAAGUGCACCACAACACGGCUUUCUGUGAGGGGGCAGAGUUGGCAGCUGGAACUUGCUCUGCGUGCCGGGCUUUGUAUGGUAACUCCGGUGGUUUUAUAAUGCUUAGAGGCUAGAGCUGCAGCUCUUGUUUGGGAGAACACGUAACUGUUGAAAAACUACCUGGGAGGAAUCAGUUCCUCCAGUUAGAUGCAAACAAACAGAGGCUAGUAAAUGUCAAAAGGAACAGGGAAGUGGGCAUUGGUAUAAUGUAACAUACUGACGUUAAAAUACUAAGGUGCAUUCUCCCUAAAGGGACCUCGUAUCUGACUGACUGCUGUGUGCGAGUCCCUGGCUUUGGUAAACAAACAAACAAACAUCCGUAUAUGCAAAUCAACAUAUCCUAACAUACCAAGAUCGCUUUCUCCUGCACUUGGGACGAAACAUUAUGCCUGACCCUGCCCAACCAAGUAAGGUUUGUGCCUCAAACGUUAGAUUGGACUGUAUGCCAGCUCGUGUCCAUAUACUACUAGUACUCUGUCCUGAGAAUCUUUUUAAACUAUAUUAUGAUGAAUUGAAACUAAGAUAAAAUUUCUCUGAUGACAUUCUAUCUUAGUAAUCUAAAGAUUUAAUCAAUUAAUGAGUCAGGUUGCAGCCCUCCUGUGAAUUUAAAGGGAGUCGCUAACUUCUGUGUUAAUUAGAUCAAGAUAUGUCAUGCCAUCAUUUCUGGGGUAGUACUCUUGGAGUUGUGAAGGAUCUCAUGCAGUGACAUUCUUCUUUUCAAUUAAUCAAAACCAUUUUAUAAAUAUGAGGAUAUAGUAAGUAGGAGAUUUUAAAAAGAACGACCUGAGUCAGACGGAAAAAAAGGUCUGCCGUGACUAAAAAAAACUGUCCAGACAAAAUAUAUAGGGAUCAAAAACUUUUAAAAAGAAUCUGUCUGAAAGCACACAAAGUCUUGUUUACUACUGUUUAGGAUGAAAACUUGUCUUAGAAUGCGGAUCUUUGUUAAGAACCUAGUCUUUGUAGUAGAAUUUUCUCAAUGCCGUUCACUAGUCAGAGUUCUAGACAAAUUACGUUACAGUAAAGUUUGGCUGGUAGAAAAAACUACCUCAACUUAAUUGCAUUCUGUUCACCGCAGAGCAAAUCCCUGCUUUCCUCCUCCCGUCCCCUCCCGGCCCACUCUCCCGCUUCCCAUUGAGGGGGAAGUCGGUCAUUAGUAGCACUUACCUUAUAAGGUAUUUUGUUUUCCAUUCAAAUUAUACCACCUUAGUGUGAAAUCAGGGACUUCAAAGUGCUUGAUUAUGUCAUAAUUUGAAUUUUAUGCAAUAUCAGAUUUCUAGUCAAUUUAAUAUAGAAGUCUUCAUUUUUAAUUGUUUUCUACAGCUUUUGUUUUUCUGUUAGAAUAUGGCUCUAAGAAGCAGCAUUUUGUCUUAAUGGUUAAUGUAUCCUUUGGGUGUAAAUUUAAGAACAGGAAUUUCUUCUAGAAACUUCCUGUGUGAAAUGUUUGUUUGCUAUUAACUUGCAUAUGAGACAUCGAUUAUGUUUUCCCACCACCAACAGAAAAAAGGGUGAGCAGUUCUUUUCUUACAGCUGUUGGUAGUCAACACAAUGCUAUGAAAGUUGCUGAAGGAGCCUUGCCUGUGGGGCUCUAAAGAGCGUUAUUGGUGGCACGCUACCUCUGUCCUGGCAGAAGGUUCUGGAAGCAGAAGGUGUGAGGGUUUCUCUUCUCUGUCAGAGGCACUGGGCCAGACUUGCCACACAUUUGUGUAACACAAUCAAAUUCAAUAAGUCAAUCAGAGCCAGCCUCGUCUCUUUGCACCGUGUGCCAGUCAGCUGUUGUCUGCACGCUUUCCCAACGAUACUUGGAUAUUUUUUGAUUGAAGCAGGCUGUGUGGCCACUGCAAAGAAAGAAAACUUUCUUUUUACGGUUAGAUUUAGGGGAAACAAGUUGCUGAAAAGGUGAAUUUUCUUUGGUAAAAUACUUAGUACAGAGCAGAGCCGUGGCAUUCAGAAGCUGCGGUUGUGGUACAUUGAAGGAGUAACUGAUGUCUUCUUAAAGCCAUGGCAGUCAGCAGACGCUCUUCUUUUUCUUUUAAUUUCUGAAGUUUGAAAUUCUUCCCAUCUAUGCCAGACCUUUCCAAGGAGACAUGCUGUUGUUCCGGAGUGAACGGGCCCCUCUUGCAGUAUUGUCAGUGCCUGCGGGACUUGCUGAAUUCAUUUUAUAGAAGUAGUUCUUUUUUCCUUUUCAUUCAGUUCAUUGACACUGUAGCUACAGAAAUUAGGGAAUAUUUUUAAAAAUAAAUUAGCCGCAUAAUAUGGGAUGCAGUAACCAACACAAGCUGCUAAGUGCCAAACUGUUAUUUUACAAAUAUAUAUAUUUAAAAAUAUUAUGUUGAAGUGUAGGGAUGUACUCAAUUUUAUUAUAUCCCAAAAGUAAUCAUGACUUUUUGUAAAUUACAGGUAUUUCAGUAUUGUGAAAUAAGUUUUAACUCUUUUCAUGCAGGUUUGUGUUUUAACAUUCCACUUAUGCCUUGAAACAUCUUUUCCUGAUCUUUUUUUUUUUUUUUUUUGAGGAAGAUUAGCCCUGAGCUAACUACUGCCAAU